CACCCAACAAACGAAAAUAGAGAAUCUCUUUGCUUCUGGGUUUUUUUCCAUGGCGUUUUGAACAUAUUCCCUUAUCAACUCAGGCUCAACUCACCCGUUUCAGGCUCUCCGAGUCUACUUGUUGACUUUUAAGAACUUGGUUUUUUUAUUUUCGAGAAGAGAAUCUGAUAUGAGGGUUUCUCUAUUUUCACCGAUGAAUCGGCGAUUCCUUUUGGUACUAUCCUUGUUUUCCUUCGCUGUGUUAUUUCUUUUCCUCGUCGCCCUUUUCUCAGGUCAGGGUAAAAACAUCAAUGGCUCAUUUGAUUUGAAGCUAUUGAGGGUAAGGUUCCAUCAAAGGAACAUCAACACCCUUUUCACGCCACAUCGCAAGCUUCUUCGUACAGUGAUGGCGGAACCGAACCGGAUACGGGGAGAGAAGUGUAGCAAAGCUGACAUAGAGAUAAACCAGGGACCUACUGCCCCACUCCCGUGCGGCAUUCCCACCUACACGGUCGAAAUCCUCAACAUCUGUGCCACUGGCUGCGACAUCUCUGGGAUUCACGUAACCUGCGGCUGGUUCAGCUCUGCUCAUCUUAUCAACCCGAACAUAUUCAAGCGCCUGAGCUACAACGAUUGUCUCGUUAACGACGGCAAGCCCUUGAUCAAUGGUGGGGUUAUCGAGUUUCAAUAUGCUAAUACCUUCUCUUACCCUCUUUCAGUCUCUAGUGUGGUCUGUUCUUAGUAAUAAUAUCGUAAAAGCGAACACUUGAUUGGCUUCCAUGCAUAUAUUCAUAUGAUCCUAUUGGUUUCAUUUACUGGUUUGAGUCCUUUGUUGGAGAUUCGAUUGAUUAAAAAGAUUUGAUGUGAUACUGUAAAGUGUUUGUCAUGUUAAUGUUUCUUGAUGUCGGUUGAAAAGACGAGUUCGUUGAUCGGAAUUGUCGUGAGAAGAUGGUGGAACAUGAGUUCUGAUUUGAGGGUUUUUGUGAAUGUGGCAUAUGGAAUUUGAGGAAUAUUUUAGUAUAUUUUGAAGCA